GUGGCGAAUGGUGGCACGAGCAAUGGCGAGUAAGACCGAGCCGAUCCGAACGGCAAGUGUAAUGUCUGAUAAGCAGUGAUGGACUUGUGUAAGGCUGUGUACGAUCGCCUUUGACAGCUCGCCGUGUUCAUUUCGCGUGUGAUCGCAGUGGAAAGGAAAAAUACGAUGUUGAGAUUGUAACCGCAGCUGGCGCAUCGAAAGAUCCGUCAAGAGCUGUGCGUGGUGUAUGCGUGCGUGCAUCGGUACCCUCUUACGUGUCCAGGAUCCGUAUCCUGUACACACGUAUACUACACACACGUAGACGCGCGAGUACAAUAUCCUGUGUCGUCCUUCGGCCGACACCACCCGCUCGGCGUCAGGACAAAAGACCAAGAGUGCCGUCGCGGGGAGGACUCGAUACAGCAGCACGUUUCUCGACUUUCGUGCGUUACCGUGACUCGAGAGAACAACAUUGUCUCUUGUUCCCGCUCUCUCUUUCUCCAUCUCCUCUCGUUCUUUCUUACACGCACUUAAUAUAGCGCGUUGUGCAUCUCAUAUACACUACGUAUAGUGUCGCUCCCCUUCCUGUGCUUUGUGCUGUGGCCCUCCCGCUCCCUCUAACAAGUUUCGCGUCGCUCUCUCGUUCCCUCUAACAAGACGCUUUUGUAUCGUUCUUUCUCUUUCUAUAACGUGUGUUUCACACAGCACCUCGAUACUCUGCUCAUAAGACCGAUACCCGUUGCUUCGCGUGCGUACGGCACAGCGAGUGUAUCCUCCGUCUCUCUCUUUCUUUUCCUCUAUCCUCCUCCCCUUCUUCACUUCCUUCAAAACUGCUGUACCUUCCUCACCUACCUACCUACCUACCUACCUAUCUACCGUUGUCUCGUUCGUACCGGGACGGUGCUCCGUCUCGUGCGGAACGUAUAGCGAGCGCCCUCUCACUCCCACCUCCAGCAGCGGCUACUCGUCUAUCUCUUUCCCCGACGUCUUGGACGUGUCGGAGAAGAAUGGAGGCGAUAGCGAAGCACGACUUCACGGCGACUGCCGAGGACGAGCUCAGCUUCCGCAGAUGUCAGAUCCUGAAGAUCUUGAAUAUGGAAGAUGACAUGAACUGGUAUAAAGCUGAACUAGACUCGAAAGAAGGACUUAUACCAAGUAAUUACAUUGAGAUGAAAAGUCACGAUUGGUACUAUGGAAGGAUAACUAGAGCUGAUGCUGAAAGAUUGUUGUUGAACAAGCAUGAAGGCGCCUUUCUGAUCAGAAUUAGUGAAAGCUCUCCUGGUGAUUUCUCCUUAUCUGUAAAGUGUUCCGAUGGUGUGCAACAUUUUAAAGUAUUAAGAGACGCACAAGGCAAGUUCUUCCUAUGGGUUGUUAAAUUCAACAGUCUCAAUGAACUGGUGGAGUACCACCGCUCAGCAUCUGUUUCUCGCUCACAGGACGUUAAGUUGCGUGACAUGGUUCCAGAAGAGUGUCUGGUACAAGCACUGUACGAUUUCACACCGCAAGAAGCCGGCGAGUUAGAGUUUCGACGAGGAGACGUUAUCACUGUCACAGAUCGCUCAGAUCAGCAUUGGUGGAAUGGAGAAAUCGGAAAUAGACGAGGGCUGUUCCCAUCUACCUAUGUGACGCCAUAUCACUCCUAGGCCUCAAAGGGCAGAGGUAGUUGUUGGGAACAACGGCCGGUUUAUCCUACUACUAUCAUCUAUAAGAUACGAGUCGCCGCGGAUUUCAUAAACAAUAUUUUACAAACCUCACCCAUCGAAUGGGCCACCAGAGUAUACUGGUGGUCUCGCCGAAAAGUCUUCUACAAGUAAACAAUCGAGUAAACGUGCGAAUUGUUCAUAUUCCAAGACCAAAAUCCUCCGAUAUUAAGAAGGAUGAAUGUCGCGUUUAUUUAAACAAAGAAAGGAAAAGAAGGUGAAAAUCUCAACACCGUCAUCGACAUCACAUCGAAACAUCUGAGAACAAUUAAUGAAGAUAUAAUGACACCUUGGGAUAUUAAGGACGUCUAUGUGAUCUAGAGAUGUCUGGCGAUGUUCGAGGAUCCUAGGAUCUCUUAAUGCUAUCCGCAAGGGUCCAAGGAUCUAUGAAUGUCGCGAAUGUCUAUGGGAUCUAAGGAUGCCUAAAAGAUGCCUAAAGGAUCUAAGGAUUCAAGCAUUUAUAGAACUUUAACGAUCUAUAAUGAUCCUUUAUCUAGAGUUAUCUAAGAGUUUACAGAUACCCACAGGGAUCUAAGGGUCUCGCGCGAUCCUCGAAUCAAACUUCGGAAUCGCGUUUGAGGAUAACCGAAUGUAUAUUAUUUCAUCUUUUGUUUUCUUGUCUCUCCCUUUUUUUUUAAUAAUUCUUUUCGACGAACUUUUCCUUUACUUACUGCGUAAAUCACGAAACGUUCUUCAUAGCCUAUUAUUGUGUAAUUAUUAAUAUUAUUAUCUUUUAUGGUUAUUAUUAUGACUAUUAAUGCGUUAUGUUACAUUUUAUUAAUAACAAUAUAUUAUAUUAAUUAUAUAUA